AUGAACGUCUGCAGUGUUAAGCAUGAGGCGAUACGAGAUCUUUUAGCGUUGUCGUUUAACGUUGCUACACGUGAUAUUGCUUUUGAAUACUUAUCUCCUACACUCAACCCUAAUCAUUCUGGGCCACAAUUCAUUAACUUAAUAUUAAUUGAAGAGAAGUUACUUUUUACAGUUUUGGAUGGAAGAAAGAUAAUUUCACAGAGAUCCAGCCAACAAAGAUUAACAUUAAAAACUAAGCCAGGUUUACAACAUGUAACAUCAUUUGUUGUGGAAGAUUCCGCCCAAUGCAGCGAGGGCGGAAAUUUAAUUAUUAAUUCAAAUCAAUUAUACAUGCUUUGCGAAAUUUUAUUUGAAUUAGCAAUACAAGAACUUAAAUCGAGGAUAAAAUUUUUUCCAGUCACUUUACAAGCCUAUAUUUGUUCUCAUCCCUUUAAUGCUACCUACGUACCUCUAGCGAUGGCUACAUUACAAAGUAUCAUAUUAAAAUAUGAAAAAUGGUUUCGACUUGGCUUAUUGCACCAUGAAGUAUUAAAAGACACCUUGUUACAAACAUUUCAUAAAAAUUUCUCAACUGACUCAAAAAAAUUAUACAAUGAGUUACAUCACAAGUAUGGAAAUAAACUGAGACAAUUAUUACAAAACGGUGUGCUAAAGCAGGAUCAGUAUGAUUUAAUUUUUCCACCAGGAUUGAAUGAAACAUAUUCAUCUAAGUUUGAUAUCACAUUACUUGGUGUGUUAAUAAAAAAUUGUCCUAAAAUAGACCCUCCUGUUAAUGGCUGGACUGAUAACAAUCCACCAUCUACAGAUCUGACAUUAGCUGCAAAGUUAAUUCGUGUUUUAAGUUGGCGAAAUUGGCAUUGCCAUGUGGAUCCAGAGAAUAUCGAUUUACUCUUAUAUGAAUCAAAAUGGAAAGAGGGAAUAGAUAUUGCAAAAAGUCUUGGAUACAAUGGUGACGCUAAUGUAUUAUCGACCACCUCGCUGGAUGCCGGUAGAACAUCAGUGUUAGAAUCACUGGUUGAGAGAGUAAGACUUGAUAAUGAUAACUUAAAAAAGAGGAUGAGUGACAUCGAGGGUAAUAAUACAGAUUUAUCCACUAAAUGUUGUGAGCUCAGGAAAGUAUGUGGUUCCCUUCAUUCUCACAUUGAUUCUCUUUCCAUCAGAGUUACAGAUAAUGAUAACAUAAUUGAACAGUGGAAAAGGGAGUUAACAAAUUUACAAAAGGAGUUACAGCAAUACCUUACCAGACUGGAAAGAGUGGAAACAAGGGUAGACAAUUGUGAGGAAGAUAUUCAGCAUUUGCAAAUUGCUAUGAAGGAGAAAUUAGUUGUUCAAGACCGCGAGCAUCUGUGGAAUGUGCCUCUUAACGUAUCAAACUUCACUGGACGAGAAGAAAUCUUAGAAAAUAUUUACUCCAAUUUGCAUAAACAGGAAAAAAGCCAUCCCUUUAAUGCGGUAUGUUUGACAGGCUUGGGUGGUGUAGGAAAGACGGAGCUUGCUGCCCGUUAUGCCCGUUUAAACCGUAAACAUUACCAGUAUAUCUUCUGGAUACAAGCAGAUAAUUUACAAAGUUCUCUGCAAAGCAUGUGUGAAUAUUUUGAUGUUAAAUCAUAUUACCAAUCCAUAGAAGCUAUGGUUCUAAAAUUGUCUGCCAAAAUUGGAAGUUGUAAAUGUUUGUUUGUUUUGGAUAAUGCUGAAAAUUUUACUUCAAUUGAUCCACUUUUAAGAAAUCUAACCUUGGACGUAAAGUAUUGUGUUAUAGUAACUUCCCAACAUACCCAGUGGCAGAAUUUGUGUUUGGAACAAUUUGAAAUAACUAUUUUUACCGAAAUUGAAGCAUACAACUUUUUUAAAGAAUUAGUACCAGAUGAAAACAGUGCGAAGAAACUUGCGAAGGAAUUAGAAUAUUUUCCAUUAGCCAUGCAGCUGUCUUUAAGUUAUAUAAAAAGACAUUCCAUGAAUAUAGAAGAGUACCUUGAAGCAUUUCGUCAAGGAAAGAGUCAACUGUUUUAUGAAAGAAACCAUGAUAACAAAACUCUUUUAACGGUUUGGAGGAUGGCCAUAGAAAAGUUGAAGUCACAUGAACACAAGGUUGCUAUCGACGUAUUGAACAUGAUGGCAUAUAUGGAUAACACCUUUAUAAACAUGAACACAUUUUUAUUGUAUGAUAAAAUACCAGAUAAGGUAAUGUUAAAUAGUGUAAUUGAUAUCCUGUGUGAAUAUUCCCUCAUUUCAAAGAAGGAAACAAAAAUCAAGGCAGGACAAGUUGUUACCAUUCAUAAACUCAUUCAGAGAAUAUUGACAGAAUUCGAAGAACUUACAGGAACCGCUUCAAACUCUCUUAAUGUCUUGGUUGGUAUCUUACAAGCGGCUUGCGCUGGAAAAACAACUAAAUUUGACAUUGAUGAUGAAAACAUUUGGUUCUUGCAUAUUAAAUAUCUAUUGUAUAUAAGAAAAGUAUUGAUAACAUUUUUUGAUGUGAGAUUUCAGACAGUAGCUGUGCAAAGAGGUGACCAAGCUAUAAUACAAUAUAUUAAAUUUUUAUAUUUGACAACAAACUAUGAAAAUCUCGCUACCGAUUUAAACUGUGCAUUUAAUUUUGCAUCUUACAUGAUUGAUUAUGGUCUUGUAAAUGAAGCAUUGGAAUUUUUAGAUAACGUAUCGGCACAAUCUAAACUGGAAAAAAAUUCUCUACAGUUUUUAUUAUUUCAGAUAAGAUGCAUUCAAUUCAAAUGCGAUUAUCGUAGUAAAACAGAAGCAAGAAGACAGUAUAAUGAAAUCAAAGAUUUCUUGAAUGUUGAUGAUGAAACGGACGUAUGUCUGGAAUUAAUGGAGCUACAUGCACAGGUUCUGGUGAAUUUUUCUGAUUUUAAACAUGCAUUACAGCUAAUAGACAAAGCUAUUCAGUUAUGCUUGAAGAAAGGUGAUGAAAAAGUCGAGGAAAGGAUAAAACUUUUGAUGAGAAAAUGUGAUACAUUCUGUAUUAUGGAAAAAUUGGACGAUUGUAUUUCUAUAUUAAACGAACUUGAUGACUUGUUUAAAAAAUAUGACAUUUCAGGAAACCAAGAGAUCACAAUUGCAUUAAAGGUAACCAAAUGCAGCUGCUAUUUUGCACGAAAUGAAUUCGAAGAGACACGCAAGAUAUGUUUAGAUCUACUAGAUGCAAGUUUUGAUUAUAAGUCCGUAAAUCUUGCGAAAUUUUAUUUAGCAAGAAUUGAUAUACUGACCGAAAGGUAUAAGGACGCAAUAAUAAAGUGUGAUCUGCCAGUACCUCAAAGUAUAAUAGAGAAGGAUUAUCCCAAUUGUUUCAGAAAGCACAAGAUAGAAUACCUUAUCAGUUUGUUAAAAGUAUUCUCAUACUUUCAUCUUAACGAGCUAGAUAUGGCCUUACAACUUCUUCAAGAACUUCGUUAUGACGAACGACUAGUUGACGCAGGCGAGUUUCUUGAGGAAUACAUUGAUGUUAUCAACCAGUUAAAGGAAUGUCAAGAAGAAGCGAGGCAACUUCACCAGUCUGGUAACACAAAAAAGUUUAAGGAAGUGAUGAAAAAUUGUCAAGACAUCAAGCAGCAAACAAAACUUACAAAAUAUAACAAACUUAAAAAUUAUAACGUGGUGGUUUGUCUGUGAUAAAUAAAAACUAGCAGCAUUUUUUAAAUCUGUGUAGGUUAAACUUUGACCUCGUGCUUAUCCUCUGUAAUCAUUUAUCAAGUAAAUAAAAAAUACAAACAAGCUUUAUCAACACAAAGAAAAAAGGGAAUAAAAACAAAGAACACAGUUAAAAAAAACGCGUCUGUUAUGAAUACCUGUGCAUGAUUUAUGCUUUGGAGAAGGUUUUUAUGAGUUUAGAUUGGAUGAAAAAAGAAUAAAAAAAUUUCCAAAAAACUGGCCUUUCUUUGCAGAAGUUCAGGACUUGACAAUUUUAAGAUGUUACAGCACCAUUAAAGAUAUUGAAUGAAAAUAUAUAUAGACAAAACUUGACGACCUGCUUUAAAUUAAGCAACACAUAUCACUCACAGUUUUCUUAAAAUGCAAAACAGGUGCCAACUGAUGGCGUUUUGUCGAAGCACAUGUACCUUGUUUGUCCUACAAACUCCUAUUUAAGCUAAACUCUGCAUUUCAACCUUCUUUUAAAGAGAAACAGAACUUUAUAUAAGUUUUAUAGUAUGUUAUAUUAUGUUUUCAUGUCUUAAUGUAGUAUUGGAAUUUGUUGUUAAAUAUUUAAAGUGAUUAGAAAAUGCUGGAAAUUUUUCCAAUUGAAGAUUUCUUCAAAAUUACCUGAUAUUCAAAAUGUUACAUACAUGCUAAAUGUAAAAGAAAUGGACAAUUAUUAAUUCGACGACGCCAAAUUUAACACACGAUACAAAAAAACAUUUAAUAAUGUCUGCAAGUUGAUUUUUACCUGUUUUUUUCUAGAAUUCUUGCAAUGUCGCUUGAAAUCUUGGAAGUUUUAAUGUGACUAGAUUUUUUAUUCAGAGAUAAAAAUUAAUUUUGUCUGUUUUAAUUAUGUUGUUGGUCUUAUUUUGCCUUUUUUAUUGUUAAAUAGCUCUUAAUCCUAAUGCUGUUUUCCUUAAUUUUUGAUUUGGUUAUUACCAUCAAUUCUCAGAACAGUUUUCAAAUAAAGUCUUUUUUUGCAGCACAGUGCUAUUUAAGAUGUAACCUUGUGUCAAAGGAACACUUAGAAAACACUAACUUCAAAUUCAUUUAGUUUGUUAAGACAGUAAUUCAUAAACGAACGAAAUAUAGUGGUCGGGAAUUAUAUACAAUCAAUAUUAAUGGGUUCUUAUUGCAUUCUCUCAUUGUCGCCAGUAUAACAGGUCCCAUCUGGCACGAUAACGUUAAUUAGUUAAAGAACUGAUGGCAAUAUUUUACACGAUGGCCAGCUACAAAGCAUGCGCUAUCACAAUCAUCAGUCCAUUAUAUUUGGAAGAAUUUUUUGUUGCAGCAGUAGCGAGGAAAAAUGAUCUCUAAUAUCUGCAUGUAUACCACUCGAAUCGGUUUUUCAAAUAUCGCCUGAUAUCUCAUCAGCAACUUAAGAAACACAUUUUUUCGGAACUUAUUGUUGCGAUUUUAGACCCCAUUCGCAAAAGUUAUAAUACUUAAAAAUACUAACUUUUUCGGACCAAACAGUAGUACAUUUUUUUUUUUUUUUUUUAUCAUAAUAUUUUUUUUAUUUUCAAUUUUACAACAAUAACUAGAACAUUAUAUGAUUACAAGGGACUAAUUUACUACAUAACACAACAUAUUCCUAGCUAACGAUUUAACAGUUCAACUUUGAAAUUUCAUGAUCAACCACAAUAUCAUCUCCUACAUCGAAC